AUGUGUGGCAACUACGGUGGAAACCCCUGUGGGGGCUGUGGCUCCGGCUGUGGCUGCGGUUGCGGAUACGGCUCUGGCUGCGGAUGCGGCUCUUGCGGUGGCUGUGGCUCUGACUGUGGAUAUGGCUCUGGCUGCGGCUCUGGCUGUGGAUACGGCUCUGGCUGUGGAUGUGGCCCCGGCUGUGGAUACGGCUCUUGCGGUGGCUGUGGCUCUGGCUGUGGAUACGGCUCUUGCGGUGGCUGUGGCUCUGGCUGUGGCUGUGGCUCUGGCUGUGGCUCCAACUGUGGAUACGGCUCUGGCUGUGGAUACGGCUCUAAAUAUGGACUAGGCUGUGGAUAUGGCUCCCGCUAUGGCUGUGGAUAUGGCUCUGGCUCCUGUGGCUACCGGCCACUUUGCUACAGAAAAUACUAUACCUCUUGCUGA